UGUGGGAGAGAGAGGGUGUCCGCCACGUCUGCUGCAGCCACUCCGCACACGCGCGCACAAGUCGCGGCCUGGCAGCUACGCGAGACAGCGAAGCCCAAGUAUUCGCCGUGACCGGAGCCUCACCAACAUCCUCAAGCUGCGGGGCAACAUGAGGCAGGCGGCCUUAAUGAGGCACUGCCUCACCUCUCAGGCUGGGACGAGGAGACGUGCGAGGUGAUGAUGUGAGUGAUGAGCAUGAAGUGCACACAUCAUGCGCGAAAUUACCUCUCUCCCCGGGGGCGCUACGCGACCAACAGCCCCAGACAAACACACGACUGUUCCCCUGAAGUGACUUCCUCGAUACCUCUCACCCGACGCUCUGUGGCAAUGACAGUGUCUCCUGAAGCUUUGUGUUUAUCCUUGGUGCUGUGUGUCUGCAGUGUCAACUGCGGCGCCGCCGAACCCAACCUGACGGCGAGUGACGCCCUCCCGAGGUUCCGCCACACGCCCACACUUCCCUCAGUGCCUGUGGAUCAACUCAACACCGUCAGUUAUAACUCUUCCGACCAUGAAGGCCCUUACAGCCCCGAGCUUUACAGCCACUACCCUGCCCCCAACUUCCCCUUGGACUCCCUACGCUCCCCGCCCUUAGCUGAGCAGGGCGCGGACGCUGUGAGGUACCGAGGUGAUGCACAGCGGCAAGGUCAAGGCAGCGCUGUAUUUUACUUUAGCAAUGACAAUAACCAUACAGUGGUUAGUGGUGAGCGUGACGCAGUACACUCCAAAGAUAAUAGUUUGUUACUUCAUGCAGAGUCUAUGAAUAAUGUUUCUAUCCCAUAUGUUUACAACACAGUACAAUCCGUCAGCCCCGUGGGCCACGGCGGGGCAUUUUUCAGCCCCGCCCAGCGGGGGCGUCACAGUGCAGACCAGGUGUCCAGGCACUUGCCUUCAGCCCUAAGAAUUGCUCUAAACAGAACACAAGAGGGUGAUGUGACUGGGAGUGAGGACGCUUCGGUGUCGGCGAGUGGCGCGGGAGGUGGGAACCUUCUCGAUCAUUUUCGUUUUUCGUUUCACGGAGUGUCUCCCCCGAGGCCUCAGCAGCGGCUAUGUAACGUGACUCAGCUUCCCCAGCAGCCCUCCCCAUCACACAGUACCCCUGAGGAAUCGUGGAACAGCACGGAUCAGAGUCACUGGCCGCCUGCUGAUUAUGCCCAGGAGCAACUUGCCAGGUACACAGUGACUUGUGACGCCUCGGUCUCCCUCACCAACCUCACUGACGUCGCCGAAGUUACCUACAAGCGGCGCACCAUCAACAUGAUCGUGAGGCAUCAGAGGACACUUUACUGCGUGACUCGGCUUGACUUCCUUCAUUUCCAAAACCUCGUCUACCUGUCAAUCACACACUCAGCGCUUACGGAGAUUGAAGAUGGUGCCUUCGGGAACCUGCCCAGCCUUCAGAUUAUAGAUCUCAGCCAUAACCAACUUCAGAUUCUGUCCUGGCGAGUCUUCUGGCCUGCCUCCGUCCCUGGGAAAACACUGAAGCAAAUCAACACAACAGGCAACCCGAUGCUCCCUGACGACUGCCACAACAAAUGGCUCCACACAUGGCGGGAGGACACUAGGAGACGGCGGGAGGUGUGGCGGGAAGAAGAGCAGACUAAGGGACGGGAGGAGCAGGAGGUGGAAGGGGAGUUGGAGUUGUGGGAGCAGCAGCAGCAGCAGAACACCACAGCAAACAUGACAAUACCAGAGGAGGGAGAGCUGCUAAACGACUGUCCUCCUGAGGGCUCCAACUCCUCUUCCUGCUAUCUGUGCCCAGCUGAACUCAACGUCACUGAGGGAAUGAAAGGAGACUGCAAGAUAUUUACUGUAGAGUGCACGGUGAAGGGCAACCCACUCCCACAGUUAACGUGGCGGAUUCCUGUUCAUCUACUCAAGCUGGAGCAGAAGCACACGCGUGUGUCUGGCUUCAGCGUUACCUCUUCCAUCAGUGUCACCUACAACCUGACCCACACCCACGACGCCCGCCAGCCCCUCGAGUGUGUUGCCGAGAAUGACAGAUCCGUGAGUGUGGAGAAGGUGGAGCUUGGGGAAGAGGGACCCUUGGAUCUCUCGCCCAGGAUCUGCUCCAGCGAGUACAGACACAUGUCGCGAGAGCACUUCUAUUUCAGCGCCCAGGUCGUGCCGCCUUCCAGGCUCACGUGGCGCUUCUACCCGUGCGAUUCCUCCCGGUGCAACAGCAGUAACUCCACGGACACCAAUCUCAUAUGCGAACUCCACCGACAAGACCCAGACGCCUCUUACAUCAGAGGCUACAUCAUAUUCCCCGACUCCUUCACGGACGCUAAGCCGGGCAGGUACGAGGUGCACAUCACGAAUGACUACGGCAGCGCCAACACCUCGCAGCACCACUCCCGCCGCGUCAGAUUAGGACUCCUCUGCCCUAUCAGUAACUGCAGCUGUGUCAUCAAUCCCUAUUACAAACUGCGGAAUGUCUUGCAGCCUCUAUCCACACAGGCGCCCAACAGUUCCUGCCCCGCCACCACUGCAAGGCCCUCCAUUCCUACCUCCAUCACCAGACUUCCCAUUCCAACCCCUUCCUCCACCAGUGUCUCCUCCACCAGCACCUCCACGGAAACUCUGCCUCUCUCCAUCACGCUGACCAUCGUGGUGUGCGUGACUGUCGUGGUGCUGGGCGUCACUCUUCUGCUCCUUCGUAACCUGCGCGCCGCCCGGAGACGCCAACCAACCUACGUGGACUCUUGCCCUGACUCCCCCUUCCAGAUCACCUUCAUUGGGUGCCUGUGCAGGGAUGACGAAUGCCAGAAGAAGAGUGACGGGCUGCAGUUACAAGAGUUGAUGCCCAUGAGUGUGGACCGCCUCGUGGAGAACCCAGAGUACAUCGGCAACGGCAAGAUUACCCUCGCCGCCAAAAAACAGGCGCCCGUCAUACCGCGAGACCACGUUAAGUUUGUGUCUGAGCUCGGCGAGGGAGCGUUUGGUCGUGUCUACCUCGGGAUUCUGAACGAUGGGUGGCGGCCGCCCUCUCAGGUGGCGGUAAAGACGCUGAAGAGUGUGGGGCCAGAAGCGAGGCAGGAGCUGGAGAGAGAGGUGGAACUUCUCAACAACCUCCAGCAUAAGAACAUCGUCAGUUUCUAUGGAGUGUGUUACAGCUCCGACCUCCUGCUUAUGGUGUUCGAGUACAUGGAGCACGGAGACCUCAACAACUACCUCAGGAGCCACAACACUGACGUGGCGCUGUUGGCGGGAGAGGAGCCGACCACGGAACCGCUCUCCGUCAUGGACUGCCUUCAGAUCGCCCUCCAGAUAGCGGCAGGCAUGAAGUACCUUGCUUCUCAGCAUUACGUACACAGGGACCUGGCCACAAGGAACUGCCUGGUGGGAGCGAGCCUGGUGGUCAAAAUUGGUGACUUCGGGAUGUCCAGGGACGUGUAUACCACUGACUAUUAUCAGUUCGGGGGUCGCACGCUGCUGCCGGUGCGCUGGAUGCCGCCCGAGAGCAUCCUGUACCGGCGCUUUACCAUCGAAUCAGACAUCUGGAGCUUCGGCGUAGUGCUGUGGGAGAUCUUUACGGGCGGCAAGCAGCCCUGGUACGGCUACACCAACCAGGAGGUCAUCACGCAAAUCACAGCUGGAAAGAUCCUGAACUGCCCCGACAACUGCCCGCCUGACAUGUACCGCGUCAUGGUGGCCUGCUGGAGUAAAAGCCCGCAGGAACGGCUCCCCAUGGCCACGCUGUACGAGAGGAUCCGCUGCCUUACCACCGACGAGCCACACGUUCUCGACUACGACUGAGGGCGGCUGGGCUGGUGAGGGGUACGAGGUAGGACGGAGGGGAGGAGAUUGUGAGUGUGUGAUUGCCUCGUCUUUCUCCACCUCCCUCAGACCUCCUGUAACGCCACCAACAGUACCAGACACACCACAGGCAUCUCUCUCUCUCUCUCUCUCUCUCUCUCUCUCUCUCUCUCUCUCUCUCUCUCUCAUAAUAAUAACAAAAGAAAGGCCAAAGAACUGCGAGUAUUGGUGUGUGAAGGAAAAAGCGUGAGUAUUUUUCUUAGCAGCCGAAGUGAAAAGACGAGUGAAGCCCGAGGAUCAUAUUGCCCUGUAAAUAGACGAGAUGUGAGUGUGAGCGGGUCUCAUGUGCAUUUCAAUGAUGUGAGAGGGUUUGAGUAUUGUGGAUGUGGGAAUAGCUUUGUUUUCUUUUGUGUGUGUGAAAUGAGUGAGUCAGACGUCAAGCGUGGUAAAUGUGUGAACGGACUUGAGUUUGAUGUGUUUGGUGUCAAUAAACUUUUUGAGUGUUCGAUGAGUGCUGGUUUGUGUCUCGUGUGUGUGGUGUAAGUAAGGUAGAGUCUGGUAUAGCUGGAGUGUUAAUAAGGUUGUGUUUGUAAUGUAGAAUGUGUGUUGGUGUGUGUUUGGUGUAUCUGGGAUCAGUAGAGUUCUGUUUGGUUUAUCUGGUGUCGUUAAUAAGGCUUUUGUUUGCUGGGAGACAGGUUGUGUUGGGGGUGCUGAGUGUCACUAUUGCUGUGGCUAGUGUUCCUGGUGCCUGGUGGCCGCCCCUCAUCAGCGGUGCUCUAAUACUACAGUCUGUCUACUCUAAAUUGGCUCCUGGGUCUCAGUUUGAAUGGUGUCCCAAGGAAGGCGUGGUUGUCAGAUCUUGAGGAAAACCGUGAGCUAUCACUGUAAUAAGUGAGUUGAUCAGCAGAAAAAAAGUAUUAUUCACAAAUCAAUUACGUCAUCAAAAAGUUACGAUGUGUUUUAAAUCCAGGAGAUAUUUUAGAGUAGACAGACUAUACAUACCUAGGUUCUGCAGGUGCUCGCUCUCUUCGCUAAUCCCUGGCUAACCCACACCACGAGUCACCCAAUCUAGUCAGUGUGUCGACGAGUAGCGGGUUCACACACACCACGAGGCGCCCAAUCUAGUCAGUGUGUCGACGAGUAGCAGGCUCACAAACCUACAUUAUAAAUAUUUGAGAAAGUUUGUACAGAAGAUUAAAUAUUUAUCUUUUGUAAAAAAAAAUAGAUAAAAAUAUUUAGAAAUCCAGAGACAAAGAGAAGGUCAUAUUAUUGUAUUUAAUGUAGAGUAUGAGAAUAUCCUUUGUACUGUUGCAUGGAAAGUAUCGUGUAUAUAAGAGUUAGAUAUUAUUUCUAAAUACACACACGCACGCACACACACACACACACACACACACACACACACACACACACACACACACACACACACACACACACACAGGUACACAGUUAUGUUAAUGAUUUUUUGUCUACAUAGAAGCGAUUCACGACACGCCUAAAUGCACACAUAACACAAACACCCACAACAAAAUAAUUAAUACCACACUUCCUGCCACAAACCUAUGGGAAUGAAAAAAAAAAAAAAUGCGGGUGACGCCAAACACUUCACUUCCAUAGAGAUUUGAUCCCCCUCCCCGAACUAAACGAUAACGGCCCUGUGUACAUAGCCUGUAAAUAGUCCUGUAUCAAAGUAGACAGAAAAGCUAAUGAAAAUAAAGAGUAAUUUUGGAUGAAGCAGAAUUUCACGGGUGAGUGUUUCCUUUGUACAGGUUUGACGUAUUCAUCCUAUGCCUAUGAUAGACACGCGCACUCACACUACCUGACUCGUUUAACUGUAACAGAAUACAUACAUACGUGAAGUCUUGCUAUGUAAUUUCAUACGCUGUGACAAAGAAAUCCAGGGAAAGCGCGCGUGAGUGUUUAAAGGGCCAUAUUUAAGAACGCUUUGCUCUCUCACCAUGAUAUUUUCCCUAGGCCACACAGGUUUACAAGACAAUUUCUCCCUAAAAUAAACCAGAAAUCUCGCCAAUCCAUCACCAGAACCAUACAAAUACCUUUAAAAACACGAGAAUCUUCAACUAGAGCCUUUGGAAAGCAGUGAUGGUCAGAGAGCAAGGCGUUUCAAAAUACGGGCCUUUUGUUGGAGAGUGACGGCUGGCGGGGCGAGGUAACAAUAAAGAUUGGCUUUGU